ACACACUGAACACACCCACUGAACACACACACACACACAGGGAACAGCGCCCCAUCCAUAAUUGAUGCUAGCUGUGGGCAGGCAGAUGCUGGAGGCAGGAGGAAGAAGGGAGGGAAGGAGGGAGGAAGAAGGGAGAACAGCUGGAUGUGUUUAUGGAGGAGAAAGAGGAAGGCAAGAUGGUGGAGCAGGGUAACCAGGAGGCCCCUCCCCUCCAGACUCCAGGACUCAGCCGUACCCCUCCGCCCAAUUUGCCCCCCUCAGAACGGCCUGCCCGCUGAGUUCACCGCCUCACACCCUCACCCUGCGCCCCCCGACUAUACAGGACAGCCCCCCGUCAGCGAACACACCCUCAACAUGUACCCCACUUCACAGAACCACAGUGAACAGAGUGGACAGGACACCAGGAUACAGACCGUCUCAGCCACAGCCACAACAGAGGAGGUGUCUCAGACAGACAGUCAGCAGCAGAGCCAGUCGUCUGACAGUUGUAACAGUAAGACUCAGCCCAAGCGUCUCCAUGUCUCCAACAUACCCUUCAGAUUCAGGGACCCAGACCUCAGGCAAAUGUUUGGCCAAUUUGGUCAAAUCUUAGACGUUGAAAUCAUUUUUAACGAGCGGGGCUCUAAGGGUUUUGGGUUCGUAACUUUCGAGCAUAGUGCGGACGCUGACAGGGCGCGAGACAAAUUACACGGCACGGUCGUAGAAGGUCGUAAAAUAGAGGUCAACAAUGCAACGGCACGGGUAAUGACCAAUAAGAAGACAGUCAAUCCUUAUGCAAAUGGGUGGAAGUUGAACCCAGUAGUCGGUGCAGUCUACAGUCCAGAGUUCUAUGCAGUACCGGGCUUCCCCUACUCAGCAGCCAGUGCUGCGGUGGCGGCCUACAGAGGGGCCCAUCUAAGAGGUCGAGGGCGUACGGUCUACAACACAUUCAGAGCAGCCGCACCCCCACCUCACAUCCCCACAUACGGAGGUGUUGUUUACCAGGAUGGAUUUUAUGGUGCAGAUAUUUAU